CCGUCGCGGGAUCGCAGUGGAAACGCAUUCUCGGGGAACCGGCAGCCGCCAAUGGGAAGGGAGCGAGUGCCACGAACAGGCCAAUGAGGAGGGAGCGGUGCGGAGUUUAAAUCCGAGGCCUGGCCCGCAUCGCCGGGCGUGGUGCGGAGAACGGUUGUCGGUGUGUGUUGGGUUCAGGUCCGGCUCCUCCGGGCCGUCCCGUGUCCUGCUUCUCCCGACUGAGCUGCUGCCUGGUGCAGAGGAAGCCAUGGCGCUGCGGGUCACCAGGAACACGAAAAUUAAUGCUGAAAAUAAGGCGAAGAUCAGUAUAGCAGGCGCAAAGCGCGUGCCUGUGGCCACUGCUGCAGCCUCCAAGGCCGGACUGCGGCCAAGAACAGCGCUUGGAGACAUCGCUAACAAUGUCAGUGAACAGCCACAGGCCAAAUUGCCUCUGAAAAAGGAGGCAAAAACUUUAGCUGCUGGAAAAGUUAUUGCUAAAAAGCUACCAAAACCUCUGGAAAAGGCACUGGAGCCCAUACCUGUGCCUGUGCCUGUGCCUGUGCCUGACCCGGCACCGGAGCCAGAACCUGAGCCUGUGAAAGAAGAAAAACUUUCUCCUGAGCCUAUUUUGGUUGAUAAUCCCUCUCCAAGCCCAAUGGAAACGUCUGGCUGUGCCCCUGCCGAAGAAUAUCUGUGUCAGGCUUUCUCUGAUGUAAUUCUUGCAGUGAAUGAUGUGGAUGCAGAAGAUGGAGCUGAUCCAAACCUUUGUAGUGAAUAUGUGAAAGACAUCUAUACUUAUCUGAGACAACUUGAGGAAGAGCAAGCAGUCAGACCAAAAUACCUUCUGGGUCGUGAAGUCACUGGAAACAUGAGAGCCAUCCUAAUUGAUUGGCUGGUGCAGGUUCAAAUGAAAUUUAGGUUACUGCAGGAGACCAUGUACAUGACUGUUUCCAUUAUUGACCGGUUCAUGCAGAAUAAUUCUGUGCCCAAGAAGAUGCUGCAGCUGGUUGGUGUCACUGCCAUGUUUGUUGCCAGCAAAUAUGAAGAAAUGUACCCUCCAGAAAUCGGUGACUUUGCCUUUGUGACUGACAACACUUACACUAAGCUCCAAAUCAGACAGAUGGAAAUGAAGAUUCUGAGAGCUUUAAAUUUUUGUCUGGGUCGCCCUCUACCCCUGCAUUUCCUUCGGAGAGCAUCUAAGAUUGGAGAGGUUGAUGUGGAGCAACAUACUUUGGCCAAAUACCUGAUGGAACUAACUAUGUUAGACUAUGAUAUGGUGCACUUUCCUCCUUCUCAGAUUGCAGCAGGAGCUUUUUGUUUAGCGCUGAAAAUUCUCGAUAAUGGUGAAUGGACACCAGUUCUACAGCAUUACCUGUCAUACACUGAAGAUUCCCUUCUUGUUGUCAUGCAACACCUCGCUAAGAACAUAGUCAUGGUGAAUCGUGGGCUUACAAAGCACAUGACUAUCAAGAACAAGUAUGCCACGUCUAAGCAUGCUAAAAUCAGCACUCUAGCACAGCUGAAUUCAGCACUAGUUCAAGAUUUAGCCAAGGCUGUGGCGAAGGUGUAACUUGUAAACUUGAGUUGGAGUACUGUAAUACCUGCAAAUGCAAUUGGCACCAUGUGCUAUCUGUAUAUAUUAUAUGUUACAUUGACUUACUUUUAAUAAAGCUGUGGUCCUUUUUACCUAUACCUUAAUUCAUUUGAAUGUGGCUACUUCCUACUCUAGGAUACCUUAAAAGGUGUGUUAAAGACAUGGUGGGGAAUAUAGAAUAUUAAAAGUGCUUUCAAUUAACCUGGGGGACCCAACUAAUAUAUAUAAUUGUUGCUUAUAUGGUUUUUGUUUUAUGUACCUGGCUUUUACUUUAAUAUAAAUAACUGAGGUCAUGAAGGCAUUCAAAACUCUUAGUUCCAUAGGGCAUACUGCAUGUAAGUCCAGUGAUCUUAGAGAAUCUGCUGCCUGCUUGGUUCUACUCAAGUAAAAGUCUGCCACCUCAUCCCCAGUCCCCGUCUUCUGUUUCUUGUGGUGGUUGCUGCCAGUAAUUCUAAUAAUCUACUUUUAGCACUAUUUCUUAAAUUACCAAAUUUAGUAUCAAUUUUUUAACUUUGAAAAAUAAGAACUUUAAUUCUAAACCUAACCUACUUGACUUUUUAUUGGUUGAGAAAGUAAAAGGGGCUCCUUAAAUAUACAAAAGUACUAUAUCUUUAAAAGUUUAUUUUACCCGUGCCCUCCCCCCAACUUCUCAAUUUCUCUACCUGGAGGAUGUUAACAGUUGGGAUGUAUCCUAUCAUGACUUCUAUAAACAUAGACAUGGGUGUAAAUUGUGGAGGUGUUUAAAAAUGGAAUCAUACUACAUACUCAGCAAUUCUUUCUAACAUGUAUAGGCCUUACCUAUAUUCCAUAGUAUGCUAUAAUGUAUUCAGUCUCCUGUUGACAUUCAGGUUUUUUCUGUGCCACUACAGACAAUGCUGUUUAUCGUUAAAUACCAUGUCUUUUUUAUGUACACUUGUGUUCUGCAAAGAGUGUGUUCUCAUUUCUAGCGGAUGCUGCCAGAUGACUUUCUCAAUGUCAUCAAUGUGCAAAAGUGCUUGUUUUCUCUCCAGUCAUGCCAGAACUAAAGUAAUCAUUCUCUUCAAUUUCUGUGAAUUUGGCAAAAAAAAAAUUCUACCUUGUUUGCUGUUUUAUUUUAUGCUUCUAAUGGCUACUUGAAUAAAUUGUUGUCUACUAACAUCAA